UUUACAUCCCUGUUCCCUGUUGUGUGUCUCGUAUUUCUUUCUUUCCGUACGAUAGCGAAGUGAGCUUGACUUCAGGAAUAGAAUUUGCGAUUUUAAAAUUUUUGCAAAUUCUCCGGUUUUGAUUGUAUUGGUAAGCAAUUGAAUUGAAUUAGAGACAUGGAUGCCAAAAAAGGAAAAGAUGUUGCUGCAAAGGGCAAAGAUGACGCACUAAUGAGCGACGAUGACGCCCAGCACGACAACGAGGAUGGAUCUUCCAUGAGUGAAAAUGAGGGGGAGAAGGAAUGUUCCACGAAUCAAAUGGUGCCUGCUUAUAUGAAUGCUAUUUUGCGCCGGCAAUUCCUACAAGAGAUGGUAAAAAAUCUGCCCGCCAAAUUACAAGAUCGUAUAACAGUUUUGAAAAAUAUCCAAUUGGAACACUUGAAAUUAGAAGCUCAAUUUUUCGAUGAGGUCUACGAGCUAGAAAAGAAAUACCAAGAGAAAUAUAAAGUUUUGUUCGAGCAACGCAGAACCAUUGUGACAGGUGAAGUGGAUCCGCCCAAGGAAGAUCCAAAAUGGAAAGUCGAACCAGAGGAAGAAAGUAUGGAGAGUGUGCCCGAGUUUGGCAAACUGUUGAAGAAGUUUAAAGAAAUUCCUGAGGACACCAAGGGAAUUCCUAAUUUUUGGCUAACUAUCUUCCGUAACACAGAAAUUCUUUCUGAGAUGGUGCAAGAGCACGAUGAACCUGUGCUGCAAAAAUUAACUGACAUCACCAUCAAAUACGACGAUGAGCAUUCGUACACUUUAGAAUUCCACUUCGAUAAAAACGAUUACUUCACAAAUGAAGUUCUGACCAAACAAUAUUUUUUGAAGUCUGCUCUAGAUGAAGACUAUCCAUUUGGCUUCGAGGGGCCAGAGAUAUACAAAUGCAAGGGAUGCAACAUAAAUUGGGAGAAGAAAAUGAAUUUAACUGUGAGAACAAUUAGAAAGAAACAAAAACAUAAGCAAAGGGCUGCUGUGAGAACCAUUGUAAAAUUGGUACCCAAUGAUUCCUUCUUCAACUUCUUUAACCCACCUGAAGUAUCCGAUGAUAAGGAAGAAAUCGAUGAAGAAUCACAAGGCAUUUUAGCUACGGAUUACGAAAUCGGUCAUUUCUUGCGUGCAAGAAUCAUUCCUAAAGCCGUUUUGUAUUAUACGGGAGAUGUUAUCGAUGAUGAAGACGAGGAUGAUGACUCGUUCGAUGGUGAAGAGGAGGAGGACGAAGAAUCGGGCGAUGAAAAAGAACAUCCCCGUAUGGGUGGGGGUCACAAGAAAAAGCCUAUGCCCAACGAUUGUCCAAAUCAAUAAAUCUAAUUUAUAUUUCACAAUUCGCAUGAACACAACACUCACACAAUCACACCGGAUAUAUUCAUUAAAAAUGAAAUGAAAUUUCAUUUUUUACAAUACUGUAGUUUUCUAAAAACAGUGAUCAAAUUAUCUAAAUUUGAAUCCAGAGGACUUUUUUUUUUAAUUAUGAAUUUAUUACAUAUUUGGAAAAAUAAAAAUCGAUUUGAAAGGUCAAAAUAUUGUCUUCAUCCCCAUAAA